AUGAGGGUGAAAAAACAGAAGCGGCAUAGGAGAGCUGUGACGUUUUACAAAGCUUGUUUUGGAUUUAGAGAGCCGUUUAAAAUCUUCUGUGAUGGAACAUUUGUGAAUCAUGUCGUUAAUAAUGGCAUAACACCUGAUACUGCAUUGCAAAAUAUUCUUGGCGCCAGAGUUAAACUUUUUGUAACCAGAUGCGUUCUUGCGGAGUUGAAGAGCAUUGAUAAAUUCGAAGCACUGAAUGCAGCUAAAAAUCUUUGUAUUGUUGCACGAUGCCGCCAUGACAGGCCGAAAAGUGCUGAAUAUUGCAUAACCGAGGUUAUUGGGGAGAACAAUCCUGAACACUUUUUUGUUGCUACUCAAGAUGCUGAUUUGCGUGCAAGUCUUCAAAAGAUACCUGGUGUACCCGUAAUUUUUGCUCUGAGGAAUGCAUUAUUUCUCGAACAACCUUCAUCAUUUCAACGUCAGUUUGCCAAAUCUUCUGAAGAAGAACGUCUUCAUAUGACUGACCUGGAGUACAAUAUGCUUAAACAAAUGGAAAAGAGGAGAUUGUCCGAUGGCAAUUCUUCCGUUGCAUCAGAGGAAAAGAUAGAUGAUGUUUCACAGGCUCAGAUUAUCAAGAAAAAUAAAAGUGAUGUCAAGGAUAAAGUUCGCUUCAAGAGAAAGAAAGCUAAGGGUCCAAAUCCACUCUCAGUACUCAAGAAGAAAAAGAAGCCCGUGGUUACAAAUGAUAAGCAGUUAAAUAAUGACGAGGGAAGCGUGAAAAAGAAGAGGAAAAGGAAGAGAAGGAAGACGUCACACAAAGAAGAUGUUGUUGUUGAAGGCAUCCACCAGUAAAUCUUAGUGAAAUGCUCAUGCUGAUGCUGUAUCGUAAUGAGAUAAUUUUCUCUAGAGAGCACCAUAUAACUGAAGACAUAAGAAUUAUUUUAAUUGCUUUAGUUAGAGUUUACAUGAUCUACUGUUUUUCUCUUACAACUUCCAAGAAUU